CAUACCUUGGCUGUUUAAACAUCAACUCAUUGGUGUUGCUGUCCUCCUCGGAGAAGCAUACGUUGUGAUGGCGGCCACUACUGCUUGAUACAUCUCUGAUGAUCGAGCCAUCAUUAUGAUCGACAUACAAUUUACUGAUGUCUCUUCCGCAUUUUGGUCCUGCCAAGGAGAGUAUAAGACGUUCCGAGGGCACAGUCAGCUUCAGAACGCUCGAUAUGGAGGAAGAGCUUUCAGCACCAGGCAUCUGUCAGGAGUCAUUCGAUGUCGUCGUCGCGUCGAACGUGUUACGUGCCACCAGCGAUGUCCGAAGGGUACUGUAGCAUAACAGAGCCACGAAACAUGGGAAGAAGGUGGUUUUCAUGACCAGCUAAGCAAUAUUCGAGCCGGAUCAAGCGACCUUUGUG